AUGGAAUCUACAUACCAAAUCCACAACAAGAAAUUCGAAACCAACUUCUCCAACGAGGAAAGCGUAACAAGUCCCAGAUCCGGCUUUGUAAACGUCAUUCGGCGCGUACCCGACAUUUCCUACGCAGAAUUUCGCAGCGAUCAUUUGAUCCCCAACCAACCAGUCAUCAUUGGUUCGGCAUUGAUACAGGAUUGGGAAUGUACCAGAUCUUGGCGAGCUACAAACCAAACGGCAGAGGUCCAAACCGAUGCGGGCCUUCAGUCCAUUAGCUCGAAGACCUCUCACCCCAAUCUGGCGCAUAUGCGGCAACUAUAUGGUAACCUUCGCGUUCCAGUGGAUGAGGAUGGCUGGAGGUGUGAGGAAACUCUUUCAGACGUGCUGGAUCAAUGGCAAAACCAAAAGGGAGAGAAGGUUUAUGUGAAGGAUUGGCAUCUUGCGCUCCAGUUGGAGCGUCAGUCGUCGGACUCGCCUCUUUUCUAUCGGACACCAUCACUGUUCGCCGACGACUGGAUGAACGACUACUACCUACAGAGAACACAAGAUGACUUUCGCUUUGUUUACAUGGGACCAACAGGGACGCAGACCAAGCUCCAUAGAGAUGUCUAUGGUUCUUAUUCAUGGUCCACCAAUGUCGUCGGUCGCAAGAGAUGGUGGCUCUUCCCGCCGCAUGUCACGUCUUACAUCACCAGACCAAAUGGAGAAACCAUCGGAGACGAAAAAUCGAUUCCAGAAAAUGGAAGUAUGGACGACCUGCUGGAUGACUGGCCUGACUGGGAGCUGGCACGACAAGCCAUGACUGUCGUCGAGCAAGAAGAGGGCGAGACUAUUUUUGUGCAAACCGAGUGGCUGGUACCAUCAAGUACGAACCGAGGCAAAUUCGCAGAGAUGGCUGAUUCAGGAUCACAGGUUCUCAACCUCACGUUCUGUAUCUCUAUCAACCAUAAUUGGUCAAACUCGCACAAUGUAGAAUCGAUGUAUCACGCCAUGGUCGAUGCGGUUCAACGAGUGGAGGAUUCCAUUGAUGACGUAAAAGAACUACUCAAAACUCAACACCCAAACGGUGGCUGGGAAGAAGAGUGGAGGACGAUAGUACAAGACCUGUUGAAGAAGGAUGCAGGGUGGGAUUGGCAGACCUUUCUCGAAAUGGUCGAGCUCAAUCUCUGCCGAGUGUCGAGCGAGGGCGGCCCGUCUUAUCCAAUCCAGUGGAUGAAUUAUGGGCCAAGCUCUGAGCUCACUGGCGGAUCAAUGACUGUCAGCCAGGCAAGUCUCGUGCUGGCGCAAUUUCGGACUGGCCUCAGCUGA